AUGGAGUUACCAGAGCUAAUAGCACCAAGCUUAGGGCUUAAUGACGGAGAAAAGCCAUCUGUUGACUUCAUUUGCUUAACUAGUAACGGAGUCACCAAUUUUCGCCUAAAGGCUGCAUUUUACAACGCCAAAUAUCUCUAUGAAGUAAUAAAAUACGACAAGGUACCAGUAAAAGUCGGAAAGUUUGAAAAAGAAUUAAAAAUUGAAGACCAAGGAGAAGUCUAUUCACUUUUCAUCACGGUUCGAAAGCCAGGGCUACGCACUACACAAACUUUGCAGUUGGAUCAAUUAUUUCAAGUCGCAGAACAGUUAAGCUCCUUGCACGCGUUCUGUUUGUCAACUGCAAGUGCUGAAACAAAAAAAGUUAUUGACGGAAAUUAUUCGAAGAUCAAACAGUAUAGACUUCAGAAAACUGGCAGGAAUAUUGCAAAGGAUGUUCAAGUCAUAGUUUCUAAUUACUCAGCUUAUUUCAAAGGUGCUGCUCACUUGGCUGAAAAGGUUCAAACGAUAUUUAAAAGUGAAGAUGAUCUGCUUCCUCCGGUGUCGUUAGGGUCAUCACUGACUCCCUCGGUAAUGUGUCAUGGUGAAUUGUCAUCUGAGAAAAUUGUUUUCAGCGAGGGCAACAUUGCUGAGAUAACCGGCUGGGACAAUCUUCACUAUGGAAGCGUUGCAGAAGAUUUGUCAUACCUAAUUAUCACUUCUGCUCCACCUGAAAUUCGACGUCGUCGUUACAUGAGUGUUUUCCGAAGAUACUUUUAUAAGCUGGUGGACUCAGUUCCUCUUACAUUCAAACUUUCGGAUUUGAAAGAUGCGUUUAAAAAGAUGCAUAAAAGUAUUGUGCUAGGAAGUACAUCUGGACUCAUCAGAGUUCUUGAGACGAAUGAUGAGGAGGAGAAGCUAAGACAAGCUGAAAGAUGGGAGACUGCUUUGGACGACGCUAUUGCUAUUGAAAAUGACGACUAUCCAAGCGAUAACGAAGACGCAUUCUUUGCAAACUGA